GGAUCUCGCAGAGAGAGCGUGGACUGUCGUCCCCGACUCCUACCGAAUCCGAAGCGCUAUACGUUGCCGAAGCUAUAUGCUCCGGUUUGCUGCCGAAGAGAGAUACAGCGCAGGGAGAGGGUUUCCGUGUCCUGCGAGAUGUUGAGUUCUGGGCACCUCCUCUGAAGGAUCAGCUGAUGUGAAUGUACUCUCUGAGCGCGUAAACGAUCGGGACAGCGAAUGAGGUGAACAUCGCUCUGAAGCUUCGCAGAAGGUCGUGAUACCGUUGAGAGCCAUGGAUGGCUCACCUCCAUCUACGUCUAAUGCGACCGGAUCUGGGCGGAACAAAAUUGCUCUGGCCACCGGUCAUUCGCUGAUGGAUUGGAUCAAACUGUCGCAGAAAGAAGAUCUGGCUGGCGUAGGCGGACAGAUUCUGAAGGUCACAACAGAAGAGUUUCGGAAGCACAACAACGAGGACGACGCGUGGAUUUGUAUCAAAGGGAAUGUGUACAAUGUCACGCGCUAUCUAGAUUUCCAUCCAGGAGGCGAGGGGGAACUUAUGCGAGGCGUUGGGAGAGACGCGACUGAUCUCUUCAACCAAGUCCACCCGUGGGUCAAUUACGAGUCUAUGCUUUCCAAGUGCUUAGUGGGGACACUCGUCACUUCGCCGAACGGUUCGGGCCCGAGGAAGGCCAGGCUAAUUGGCGUCAAGCCCCCUGUCAAGAAACCUGGUAUGUUUUGUUUGUCUUUACCGAGGACUCUCGGUAGCUUCUUCGCUUCCGGCACGGAGAAAUCCCCCACCGACACUGCCACCCUCGGUGGGGCACCGCAAGUCACCUAUGAAUGGUCGCAAGACGAUUGCACGGUCUCCAUCGUCUUGUCAGUGAAGACAAAAGCCGUGGUGGAGAGAGAUUGUAUCGCCGUUGAUGUAUGCGGCAGAAAGUUCCGACUCAAGAUCAAAGCCGGAAAAUGGGUAUAUUUGAUGGUCAAGGAGCUCGCCGGCGAAGUUUUCCUGGACUGCAAUCUCUGUGUAAACACGAAGGAGAAGACCGUGACUGUCCGACUGGUGAAAAGUGAACCGUCGGUUUCAUGGGCAAGCUUGGGCUCCGCCGCACCCGGGGACGAAGAUAUAAUUUCAGCUAAAGAUUACGGCUUGAAGCGUUAUUUCCGGGAUGUAACUCUUACUGCUCGAGAGCAGAUCACGCAUGAUUCGUUUUUGUUGACCUUCGAUAUGCCCAAAGGAACCUUAAUCCAUGUACCGGUCGGUCAACAUAUUUCUCUACGGGUCCUGAAGCCGGACGACUCCUACCUGACUAGGAGCUACACCCCAGUCCUCCCCUCUCUGAAUUGUAGCGAAUACCAGAGCUUGACUGGGAAGAGGAUCGUCUUGAUGGUCAAAAUUUACUACAAGGGUCAAAUGACGACUAUAUUGGACUCCAUGAAAAUAGGUGAUCGAAUAAUGAUGGCAGACUCAGUGGGCACCUUCGUGGUACACGAGUACACGCAGCUCGAACACUUGGUCCUCCUCGGGGCCGGCACAGGGUUCACACCCAUGGUUCGGAUGAUCCACUGGGCGCUGUUCCACUGCAAGAACUUGAAACAAAUUCGACUCAUGUCAUUCCAUAGAAGUAUCAAAGACAUACUAUUCAAAGAAGAGCUCGACCGUCUCCAAGAGACGGAGAAAAGGUUCGUUCACAACAUCGUACUCUCGGAACCUGACGCUUCGUGGACGGGAAUAAAGGGCCGAGUGCGAACCGAGCUCAUAAAAGAGUUCAUACCAUCGGAGACAGACACCAAACUCUUAAUAGGAAUUUGUGGCCCCAGCCCAUUCACAAAUGAAGCCGCCAGACUCCUCUCAGACGAAGGGUACACCCCGAAGGCAGUCCAUCGUUUCGAAACGUGAAUGGGGAGCAUCCGGUCCUACAUCCGAUUUCGAUCCCUCGUCUGACCGUGAUGGAUUGAUGAAGCAUCGCGCUGAACGAAACUGUAUACAACGACGGUCGUCUCGCUUUGGUCCUCGAGGCAGAAUCUUCAGUAGAUGAGAGAAUAGGCUCUAAUAUUUAUUAUUUUUGUUGUUUUGAAUCGAAUUCAGGUUCCGUGAAAAGAGAGGUUGAAAGGUGGCUCUAGCCCUCGAAACUUCAUUUUAUCCUAAUAAAACAUUAUCGAUGUCG